AUGCGCUUACCGGUAAGCUCAGUGACGAAGAUUUACGCCCAAGAUCGUCGUCUGACUCGACGCAAGUUCCAGAAUCGCCGAGGUCAGUCGCUCUUGUACUUUUCACUCUUUCCCCCGGAGAAGCUGGCGAUGCGUGGAGUUAUUCUCUAUUUGCACGGCAUGGGUGACCACUGUCGACGGAGUACAGAACUCUACGAGCGUUACUGCGAAGAAGGUUUUGGUGUGAUUACCUACGACCUGGUGAAUCACGGCGCAAGUGACUACGAUCAGUACAACACGCGCGCGCACAUCAGCAAUUUCGAUGAUUUCGUCGACGACACGAACGACUUUGUCAAAUUCGCCAAGAUUAAUAUUUACAAGAUUGCUCUUAGGUACUGGCGGAAGCACCACCACCCUCGUCACCCGCAUGGAAGGGAAAAGAAGCGCGAUACGCCACCCGAAUUGCCACUGAUUAUCUCGGGCACGUCGUUCGGAGCUCUAAUUGGCCUCCACACUGUGCUCUCAGGUCAGCACAAGUUCCACGCUGCUAUGUGGGCGUCGGCUAGUAUUGGAGUGACGUGGACUCCGGUGCUGUGGGCUCAGUGGAAGUUUGCCAAGCCGCUGGUUGCAGCGUUCCCGACGGCCAAAGUGAUUCCUGCGAUUCAGCACAACCUGCGAAGUCGAAACCCAGACUUUCUGGAGAAAUACCAGGACGAUCCUCUGACCAGCAGCGACAUGAUCACUCCUCGCAGUGGACACGAGUCACUCAACGCCAUGAUUCGACUCCAGCAGGACAAGAGAGUUUCAGACGAGGAUUCUUCCUUUUGUACGGUCCCCAUGUUGUUCCUUGCUGGAUCUGACGAUCGCAUAUCGGACCAGCAGGCUACGUUCAAAUUCUUCCAACGAAUGGGAAACUUGGACAAGUCUUUCAAAGUCUUUGAUGGCUUGUACCACAUGAUCUACGAAGAACCUGAGAGGGAGGAAGUUCUCCAAUAUCUGGUGGAAUGGUUGCACAAAAGAUUUCCACUCGAGACGCGGCAUCCAAACGAUGUAGUCACGAAACUGGAGCCGUCCAUCCGCAGCUACAACUACGUCAAGGCAGAACGCACUGAACUGUGA